GCGGAGCCUGCCCCCGGAACUGCCCCAACCCCAGCCCCAGCUUCUUGGUUCUGCUCACAUGCUGAGACCUGUCCUUGUACCCACUCCCCUAAGCCUGGCCUCAGGCUAUGUCCUAGGUAGGUGGCAGGCCACCCAGCCUGCCCUGUGAGGUCACAGAGGGAAUGAAGGGGAAAGAUGGGUCUUCACUUCCACCCUGCCCACCAGUCACCCGCUGGGUGAGCCUGGCCAAGCCAGUGGCCUCCUGGGUGCCCAUUGCACUUGCUGGUCCUGGCACCUCCUGCCAGAAGGAAAAGAUGUUCUUCCCAGUUUGCACCUUCCCUAGUUACUGGCUGAAGGGAACGGGGCUAGCUGGCCAGAGCAGGCCCUCCAUCCCAUCACAGCCCCAGGCCCAGGUCCUGGUGCCACUGCCACCCCAGCUCUGCAGGGUCCCGGAUGUCCUCAGCCAGCUACCUCCUGAAACCACCAACCUGACCCGGGGGAGGCCUACUGAGUCACACUGGCCUGAGCCGCGGGGAAUGGACUCAGUGCAGAAGCAAGACCUCCGCAGGCCCAGGAUCCACGAGGCAGGGCGGCUGUCCACGUACCAGCCACCCACUCUGGCCACAUUGCAGCGCCUGCUGUGGGUUCGCCGAUCUGCCGCGAUGAGCCACGUCAACGAGGUCUGGCCCAACCUCUUCCUGGGAGACGCGUACACAGCCCGGGAUAAGAACCAGCUGAUGCAGCUGCGAAUCACCCACAUCGUGAAUGCUGCAGCAGGCAAGUUUCAAGUGGACACAGGAGCCAAGUUUUACCGAGGAAUGCCCUUGGAGUACUACGGCAUUGAGGCUGAUGACAACCCCUUUUUCGACCUCAGUGUCUACUUUCUGCCUGUUGCCCGAUACAUCCGCACCGCCCUCAAUGCUCCCCAAGGCCGCGUGCUGGUACAUUGUGCCAUGGGAGUCAGCCGCUCUGCCACACUAGUCCUGGCCUUCCUCAUGAUCUGCGAGAACUUGACACUGGUUGAGGCCAUCCAGAAGGUACAGGCCCACCGCGAUAUCUGCCCCAACUCGGGCUUCCUCCGGCAGCUCCAGGUCCUGGACAACCGGCUGGGCCGGGAGACGGGGAGGCUCUGACACAACAAGCAGCCCUGCAGUCCCACCCUCCAGCCAGCAUGGCCCAACUCAACCAGCCUGGCCCUGAGGGCAGCGUCCUUUGCUGUCUCCAGGGAUCCUGAGAUGUGAAGAGCAAGCAAGGACUUAACUAAGGCAGAGAUAAGGAGAGCUGGGAGUGAGUGACCUGAAGCAGGUGGAUUUCCCUAACCCAAUCCAGAGAUUCUUUAUGCAAAAUAGUUGAUUGUGUCUCUAUAAUAAAAGGUUCAUCAAACUU